AUGGUGGAUUGUAACGACUAUAAAGAGCGACUGAUAAUCGCAGGCUUGAAGACCCCAGAGCACAUAGUCCAAUUUGCCCUUUGGUUCACUAUCCGUCGGCGCAACUCCCAUUCCUCAGUAUGCUCCCCAUACUCCACCAACGGCAAUGAAUAUAGCGACGUGACCAUGUUGAUUGUCACCUAUCGCACCAAGGCAGAUCAUGUCCGUCCCUUUGUGCCGGAUGUGCUGGAGCUGGAAGACGAGCCCUUGGUGACUGCAAUGCUGUUAAGUCAUGGCAUGAGCACUUUCGGCACGUACCAAGGAAACGAGGCGGCGGUCUUCUGUGGCCGCGAGCAACUGGGGUAUCCCAAGAAAUUUGGCCCCGUCUCCCUGGCGCUGCAAACGGGAUCCAGUGUGAUCAAGGGCCAUGCCGAGUAUCCUGCAGGUCAGAGAGUGGUGCAGUUCAACUACAGCCCUCUUCGAAGGCUCGAGGAGGUGGUCUUCCCGGCAAAGCGAUCCUUGAAUCUACGUGUCAUUCCGUCGGCCAUACCGGAUCAGUCCCCUUCGGUAAAGGAGUUUAUUCCAUUCGUGGCGGACUUUGCGUCUGAUGAGGCCUGGGAGGGUGCUGGGUCAAUCUCUUUCCAUGAGCCGUCUGGAUUUCAUCUGUUACAUCGCGUGGAGGUUCUGCGAUACGAAUCCGCUAUUCUGGUUCGACGUGGGACGUGUGCUAUCCGUUCUGCGACGGAGGUGUUCCCUCUCUAG